AUGUCUUCACCAACCUUGAAGCCAUGUCCACCCCCACCUUCCGCUCUCUCUGCACUCAUAACAAGCUCAGGAGCCAAAUGCGCCUCCGAAUCACUGGCGAUAUCUAUCCUGCAUAAUCUCCAGUAUCAACAUAACUGGACAGACCUCAAGUUACACCUGGUGUACGUGACUCAAAUGUACUAUCCUUCACAGGACCCCUGUGUGGAAGCUACACUCGUAGACCUGCAGGGUCUAAAUUUCAAGCACUCCAACUCAUCGUCGAGGACUGCUUCUCCCGCACGGUCAGUGUCGAGCUCCGGAUCAGCGACGCCCACUUUGGACGGUACAUCUCCAUCAGCGACACAGUCUCUGUCAAGCUCGGGCUCCAUUCCCCUGAUUUCCGGCCUACCUCCAAAGCACAGCUACAUCCACCCAGACUUGCAAACGUACCUGAUCAAGCACAAUGUCAAGGAAACCGAGCUGCAUGUCCAGCGCGAGUUUGUGCUCCCGUUAGCGCUUGGCGAAAAAUGGACGCUCAACAGAUUUUGUUCCGUCUUUGAUGCGUUGCCCGAGCGGGAAGCCAUCCGCGUCGAGCGUCCGUCAAGCAGCAGGGGCAGCAACACCACUGCCGCAAGGCCCAACGGCAGAGCCAAAGCUGUUGGUGCUGGCGAUAUCUACGAGCACACCGACCAGAAACGAGUCCUUCUCGGUAUGCGCGCCGACGAAGGCAUGGGUGGCGAUGGUACUGUCGUAUACUAUAUCAUGCAGGAAGGGGAGGUCAAGCCUAGGCAGAACGGAUGA